GAAUCACGUAUCGAUUGCGAUCCAGCUUGAUUUCGUUCUCUAUUUCCUUGCUUUCUAAUUAUGAACCCCCCCUCUAAAGAAAACAACUCGUAAAAAGGGUCAACACCUAUGUUCAAAAUAUUUACAAAUUUAUCUGAAAAUAUUACUACAUACCAAACACAUACCUGCUAUCUCCCAAGCUGGGCAUAAAGAAAUCAAUCGGUACCAGGGUCAAGUUGUACAAAAUUCUUCAACCCCAUCCAAGAUGGGAAAAUCAUCCUGGAACCCAUUGCGUUCUCGCGAUGGCCGACAAUCUAAAUUACCCCUCUACGAAAACCUAAACCUACAAACACCAAGCAAGGAGCGAGAUUCAAACGAUUCAUACGAUGAUUCCGACUCCGAUGGGUACUCUAUCACAUCUUCAUCUCCAGGCACCAAUAACUCACGAUAUACGAGUGCUUCUAUAACCGCCGCUACACCUAUAAUGUCAAAAAGACACUUCAUGGUUUCUAGCAAACCGCGCCAACCCUUUGCCUACCGUCUACCGAACAAGGUCAUUCGGUAUCUCUGCUUUGGCUUAACGUCAUUUAUAAUUUUGAUGAUCCUCACACUCAUCAGGGCCAGUCACAACGAAAAUAGAGCACUUGCUGAAGGCAGGAUUGACAGACCUGCAUCAGCUCCUCCCUCGUGGGAAUCAUACCCAUUCCUCACAAGAUACUAUGGUGGCAUUAGAAAUUUAGUCUCUUUCUCCCAGAAUCUUCCCGAGUACCCACGUUUACCAGGCGAACCACCUAUAGACAAGUUGUCAUAUUCCAACAACACCAAUUACAAGCCUGAUGUCCAAGAACGGAAUUUGCCUGCUAGCAAGGAGUACAUCCGCUACCCGCAGAGUGUCUUCCAAAGUGCCCCUGAGCAAUUCCAGGAGUGCUACCUCGAUAAGGCUAACAAGGUCCGCGUGCCUCCUAUUCGAUACUAUGAAGGGCGUCCUAACGGUUUCCCCGAUGCUGUUCUUGGUUCGCAUGAACUUUUGGGACUCCCCGAAGACAUAUGCUUCGAACGAUAUGGCAGAUAUGGGCCGUAUGGCUUUGGCUACUCUGUUAGGUCCGGUGGCCUAGGCACUGGGGAACUUGGCGAGAAGGAAGGCUACGAAUCCACUUGGGAGAAGGUGCCACAAGUUGACUGGACUGGGAUGGACUGGGCCGAUGUACAAAGACGUUGCUAUCGAGCAAAUGCCGACCGGUACAAGACCCAGCCUGCUAAGCACCCUUCCCCUCAUGGCUUCUAUGUCGAUGAAGCUACCGCCGCUAUCAAGGUUCAGGCACGCGAUACUUUACCCGCCGGAUCUGUCAAGUCUCCUGUGGAUGAGGUAAAAGGAAAGAGCUCGGCAGCGGUUCCCGAUGAUGGAGCAGUUGAAAAACGGCUACCAAGAACUGCUGUUGUCAUCCGAUGUUGGGAUGAAUAUUUCUGGAAGGAGGAAGAUAUUAUGAAUAUCCGUUCUUUAAUCAGCGAAUUAGUACUAGCAUCCGGUGGCCGUUACGACGUUCACUUGCUCGUACAAGUAAAAAAUGAUGCUGCACACCCUAUCUGGGCGGAUUCAACUAUAUAUAAGAAACGAAUCGAGGAGACUAUACCAGAGGAAUUCCGAGGUAUUGUCACAUUCUGGACGGAAACUCAAAUGUUGUCUCUCUACCAAGGAAUCUUCGACCUCUUUGCUCGUGGUCCGGACUUGCCCGUACACGGUGUCUAUCGAGGGUUGCAGAUGGCUAUGCAAUAUUUUGCCUACCAGCACCCAGAAUAUGACUACUACUGGCAAUGGGAGAUGGAUAUCCGCUAUAUCGGCCAUUAUUAUGAUCUAUUCACCAAGAUAGAAAACUGGGCCAAGGAACAGCCAAGAAAGGGCCUCUGGGAACGCAAUGGACGGUUUUACGUACCUUCUGUACACGGAACAUGGGAAGACUUUAAGCAGAUGGCACGAGUACAAAGUGAAAUGGGUACUACUGGUGCUGAUAAUAUCUGGAACGGUGUUGCCGGAUCCAACAAGCAGCCGCCGGCCAGCCACGGUGAUAAGCCUAUUUGGGGACCCGAAAGACCUAAAGAUCCCAAAGACUGGUUCGAACCCGAGGAUGACCCUGUGCCUCCGACACCUUAUGAAAAGGACAAGUAUGUGUGGGGAGUUGGCGAAGAGGCUGAAUAUAUCACAUUCAAUCCCAUGUUUGACCCUGAAGGGACAACGUGGGGUCUAGCCGACGAUAUCACCGGUUACAACACGACAGAUGGAAAUGGAAUGCCUCCUCGAAGAGCCCAGAUCAUUACAGCAUCGCGUAUGUCUCGUCGCCUUCUCAUGAAGAUGCACCGAGAAACUGCAUUCGUAAAACACCACGCUUUCCCAGAGAUGUGGCCAGGUACCGUUGCCUUGCAACAUGGUUACAAGGCUGUGUUCGUACCACACCCCUUAUAUGUAGACCGCGAAUGGCCUACAGAGAUCUUUGCCCGAACCUUAAACAACGGCAGAAACGGAGCUACAGGAGGUUCACGGACAUCGGUCUUCGGUCAGCGUGAGCACAACCUCAUUGGCCUCUCGUGGUUUUACAACUCUGGGUUCGCACCGAACCUAUACCGAAGAUGGCUCGGUCUCAAGGUGAACAAUGAUGGCGGCGAGGAGUUCGAGAUGACGGUGGACGAGAGCAAGAAUGCCACAAGUGUCAACGAAAUGCGCGGCGGCGAGGGCAGGAUGUGCCUACCGCCCAUGUUGCUUCACCCCGUCAAAGACAUUGAAUUACCUGUCGAGGCCGUCCCGGAGGAACCGAUCGACGGAAUAGCCGAGUCAGACCCCACGGCGUGAACAAAACAUAUCACGGAACAAGGGGUUACAGAUGCUCAAAGGGAUGCAUAGGUCAGGGGUUUUGUAAUGUAUAUGGACUCUAGCACUUAUGGGGGCGUUGAUUGGAAAGCUUGGUAUUGACGGUUUCUCCCGUACUUUUGUGUUUCAGAGCGAGUUUGUGUGAUCGAUGCAGAGCAAGCGUUGCGCGUCGAGAUUACCGGUGUACCAUUUUGUCGUGCACAGUCAGAGGAAUAUGGAGGCAUAGAACGGAUGGAUAUGGUACCUGCUUAGAAAGUAGGGUUUAAUCUGAUGAGUGAAUAUGACCUAAAUCUCUUGUGGCUUCUUGUGAAUGAUAUCGUUGAUCGUGUCUCAUUUCUAGUUCGUGAUCCGUUGACGAGAUUUCAGUAAUCUGUUUAUUUAUGUCACCCAGU